AUGUACGGCUUUGUGAACCACGCGCUGGAGCUGCUGGUGAUCCGCAACUACGGCCCCGAGGUGUGGGAGGACAUCAAAAAAGAGGCCCAGUUAGAUGAAGAAGGACAGUUUCUUGUCAGAAUAAUAUAUGAUGAUUCUAAAACUUAUGAUUUGGUUGCUGCUGCAAGCAAAGUCCUCAAUCUCAAUGCUGGAGAAAUCCUCCAAAUGUUUGGGAAGAUGUUUUUUGUCUUUUGUCAAGAAUCUGGUUAUGAUACAAUCUUGCGAGUGCUGGGAUCUAAUGUCAGAGAAUUCCUUCAGAACCUCGAUGCUCUGCAUGACCACCUUGCUACUAUCUACCCAGGCAUGCGUGCACCUUCCUUUAGGUGCACUGAUGCAGAUAAGGGCAAAGGACUCAUUCUGCACUACUACUCAGAGAGAGAAGGACUUCAGGAUAUUGUCAUCGGAAUCAUUAAAACGGUAGCUCAACAAAUACACGGCACUGAAAUCGACAUGAAGGUUAUUCAGCAAAGAAAUGAAGAAUGUGAUCAUACUCAAUUUUUAAUUGAAGAAAAAGAGUCUAAAGAAGAGGAUUUUUAUGAAGACCUUGACAGAUUUGAAGAAAAUGGUACCCAGGACUCACGCAUCAGCCCCUAUACCUUCUGCAAAGCUUUUCCUUUCCACAUAAUAUUUGACCGGGACCUAGUGGUCACUCAGUGUGGCAAUGCCAUCUACAGAGUGCUUCCCCAGCUCCAGCCUGGCACUUGCAGCCUUUUGUCUGUCUUCUCUCUGGUCCGUCCUCAUAUUGACAUUAGUUUCCAUGGGAUCCUUUCACACAUCAAUACGGUUUUUGUACUGAGAAGCAAGGAAGGAUUGUUGGAUGUAGAAAAAUUAGAAUGUGAAGAUGAACUGACUGGGACUGAGAUUAGCUGCUUACGUCUCAAGGGUCAAAUGAUCUACUUACCUGAAGCAGACAGCAUCCUUUUUCUGUGUUCACCAAGUGUGAUGAACCUGGACGAUUUGACGAGGAGAGGCCUGUAUCUCAGUGACAUCCCUCUGCACGAUGCCACACGGGACCUCGUUCUUUUGGGAGAACAAUUCAGAGAGGAAUACAAACUGACCCAGGAGCUGGAAAUUCUGACAGACAGACUGCAGCUCACGUUAAGAGCGCUGGAAGAUGAAAAGAAAAAGACAGACACGUUGCUGUACUCUGUCCUUCCUCAAUCUGUGGCCAAUGAGCUGAGACACAAGCGCCCUGUGCCUGCUAAAAGAUAUGACAACGUGACCAUCCUCUUCAGUGGUAUCGUGGGCUUCAACGCAUUCUGUAGCAAGCAUGCCUCCGGGGAAGGGGCCAUGAAGAUUGUCAACCUCCUCAACGACCUCUACACCAGAUUUGACACGCUGACUGAUUCCCGGAAAAAUCCGUUUGUGUAUAAGGUGGAGACUGUUGGCGAUAAGUAUAUGACAGUGAGUGGUUUACCAGAGCCGUGUAUCCACCAUGCACGAUCCAUUUGCCACCUGGCCUUGGACAUGAUGGAGAUUGCUGGCCAGGUUCAAGUAGAUGGUGAAUCUGUUCAGAUAACAAUAGGGAUACACACUGGAGAGGUAGUCACCGGGGUCAUAGGCCAGAGGAUGCCUCGCUACUGUCUUUUUGGGAAUACCGUCAACCUCACCAGCAGAACAGAAACCACCGGAGAAAAAGGAAAAAUAAACGUGUCUGAAUAUACGUACAGAUGUCUUAUGACACCAGAAAAUUCAGACCCACAGUUCGUCUUGGAGCACAGAGGCCCAGUGUCCAUGAAAGGCAAGAAAGAACCAAUGCAAGUUUGGUUUCUAUCCAGAAAAAACACAGGGACAGAGGAAACAAGCCAGGAUGACAACUGA